AUGUCCGGCGUGCCCUCAACCGCGCAGCAGGCGGCGCAGACCAUCUCGCAGGCCGUCUCUCGGCAGGACGGCGCGGGCCUCGCGGCGGCGCUGCGGCUCGACCUGGGCAACACCGCGCUCAUCGCACAGCUCAACUCGUCUCCGCCUCUCGAGCAGAUCUGCGGCCGCGCUCUCGUUGAGCCGUGGGACGAGCUGCUGCUGGAGCAGCUGCACUACAUCAAGGCGGCGGCGGCGGGCGAGCACGAGGCGGCGUACUCCCACUGCGAGCGCGCCGCCGCCUGCUUCCAGGCCGCCUUUGAGAAGGAGAGCGACUGGCCGGUGCCGGCGCUCCACUCGCUCUGCCUCAACCUGCGGCGGGCGGCGGCGGCGGCGGACGCGGCGCUGGUGGCCAAGGGGGAGCGGGCGGUGCGGCAGCAGGAGGCGGCGCGCACGAUGCAAAAGUUCUUCCAAGUUUGCGUGACGGACCGGGCUCCACUGCCAGUGUCAAAGAAGUGGGGUAGUGUGGCUGUGGAGAAGCUGGCGGCCGGCCACGGAGGGGGUGCGGUGAGGGCGGAGGCGGGUGCGCGAGUAGGCGCGCUCGUCGUGAUCAACGCCCUCUUCCACGUCUACUUUGCAAUCAACAACUUGCGGCUCUGCCAGAACCUGAUUCGCGCGGCGCUCGACGGGCAGACUGUCGAGGGGCGGCACUUCGCAAAGGCGGAGGUCGUCACGUACAAGUACUUUACGGGCCGGCUGGCGCUGCUCAACUCCGACUUUGGCGACCUCAACGCGUUCGAGGAGCAGCUCGCGACGCACCAGCAGCGCUUCAUCCGGCACGGCUCAUACCUGCAGGAGGAGGUGUCUCGGAAGUGUCUCGGAGGUGUCUCGGAAGUGUCUAGGCACGGCUCGUACCUGCUCGUCGAGCGCUCCAAGCUGAUCGUGUACCGCAACUUCUUCCGCCGCGUCGCGCUGCUCCACCCCGACAAGUCGACCAAGCUCGACAUCAAGCGCUUCCAGGCUUGCCUCAAGGCGACCAACACCGAGAUGGAGGUCGACGAGAUCGAGUGCAUCCUCGCCAACCUCAUCUACUGCGGCUACAUCAAGGGCUACAUCUCGCACGCGCACGGCAAGCUCGUCGUCUCCAAGGGGGCGCCCUUCCCGCCGCUGCGUGAGCUGGGGCUCACCUCCGCCGUGUAA